CGCCGACGCAGGAGUGGGGAUCCAUUUUCAGUGCGAGCUUUUCUAGGGAGCAGCAACAUGGAGCCGGAGGCAGAGGACAAAACGCCGGAGUUAAUGAACACCUCCUCAGUCAUGGACUCUCAGAAUGAUGACUUGUCACCAAAGAAGAGCACAGUGCUGAGGAUCAGUAACGGGACGGUGACGGGCUCCAGGAAGCGGCCGUCGGAGGGCCGCUAUGAGAAGGAGCGGGACGUGUGCAUCCAGCUGUUUGACCAGUGGACCGAGGCCCACCAGGUGGAGUUUGUGGAGCACCUGAUCUCACGCAUGUGUCACUACCAGCACGGACACAUCAACGCCUACCUCAAACCCAUGUUGCAGAGGGACUUCAUCACAGCUCUCCCAGCGCAGGGAUUGGACCACAUAGCGGAGAACAUCCUGUCGUUCCUGGACGCGCGCUCCCUCUGCGCGGCCGAGCUGGUGUGUAAGGAGUGGCAGCGGGUGGUGUCUGAGGGCAUGCUGUGGAAGAAGCUGGUGGAGCGCAUGGUGCGCACAGACGCCCUGUGGAAGGGCCUGUCGGAGCGCCACCAGUGGGAAAAGUACCUGUUCAAAAAUCGCACCACGGAAGUUCCCCCAAACUCCUACUACCACUCGCUGUAUCCCAAAAUCAUCCAGGACAUCGAGACGAUCGAGACCAACUGGCGCUGCGGGCGGCACAACCUACAGCGGAUCCAGUGCCGCUCUGAGAACAGCAAGGGGGUCUACUGCCUGCAGGCUGACCACGGCAAGAUCAUCAGCGGCCUCAGAGACAACUCCAUCAAGAUCUGGGAUAAGCAGUCUCUGGAGUGUCUGAAGAUUCUGACGGGACACACGGGCUCAGUGCUCUGCCUGCAGUACGAUGAGAGAGUGAUCGUCACAGGCUCCUCUGACUCCACUGUGCGGGUGUGGGAUGUGGGUUCGGGGGAGGUGUUAAACACACUGAUCCAUCAUAACGAGGCAGUGCUGCACCUGCGGUUCUGUAACGGUCUGAUGGUCACCUGCUCCAAGGACCGCUCCAUCGCCGUGUGGGACAUGGCCUCGCCCACCGACAUCAGCCUGCGCCGCGUGCUGGUGGGCCACCGGGCCGCCGUCAACGUCGUCGACUUCGACGACAAGUACAUCGUCUCCGCCUCCGGAGACCGGACCAUCAAGGUGUGGAGCACGAGCACCUGUGAGUUUGUGCGCACGCUGAACGGACACAAGCGCGGCAUCGCCUGCCUGCAGUACAGAGACAGACUGGUGGUGAGCGGGUCCUCUGACAACACCAUCAGGUUAUGGGAUAUUGAGUGCGGAGCGUGUUUGCGGGUGCUGGAAGGUCAUGAGGAGCUGGUUCGCUGCAUUCGAUUCGACAACAAAAGAAUCGUCAGUGGAGCCUACGACGGUAAGAUUAAAGUUUGGGAUCUUCAGGCUGCUCUGGACCCCCGAGCCCCUGCAAGCACCCUCUGCCUGCGAACGCUGGUGGAACAUUCUGGACGUGUGUUCCGGCUGCAGUUUGAUGAGUUCCAGAUCAUCAGCAGUUCCCAUGAUGACACUAUUCUGAUCUGGGACUUCCUGCACUUGUCACCCAAUGGACAACCCGAGGGGCGGUCCCCCUCACGCACGUACACCUACAUCAGCAGAUAACAGGGUUUGAUCAGUAGGGGGCGCGGUGAGCUGGGGGGGGUGCAGAAGACCGGAGGCCCUAUCCCUGGGGGAGUCGGCCGUUCUGGAGCCGCGAGACCACACCCCCGCUGGUCGCUAGGAGACGCCGCACCCCGCUGGUCGCUAGGAGACGCCGCACCCCGCUGGUCGCUAGGAGACGCCGCACCCCGCAGGUCGCUAGGAGACGCCGCACCCCGCUGGUCGCUAGGAGACGGACGGACACACCUCCCCCUCGGAGCCCGAGGGAGGAGAAACAAUGAUGUCACCAUUGUGGGCGGGGCUAUGCUCACUGCGGCCACACCCCCCAGUCCCAGAGCUACACUCUUCCACAGAACCAGCUGCUGCUCUCUCUCUCUCUCUCUCUCCCUCUCCCUCUCUCCCCCUCCCCCUGGUUGACGGGGUGGGGCUCCUCUGUGUUGUUUUAUUUGUAAUAUUGUAGAUUUUUCUCCCUUACCGUCUGCCUGCCUGUGGCUCCGAGCUGAAGUUGUCUUGUCCAAAAUUGUGUUGUACAUUCAAAAGAUUUUUUAAAGAAACACAUUAUUACUGACAAUAAAGUACUUGACUGUGAAGAGUGGAUGUGUGAGUGUGAGUGUGAGUGUGAGUGUGAGUGUGAGUGUGAGUGUGAGUGUGAGUGUGAGUGUGAGUGAGUGUGUGUUUAAGGCUCCUCUUCCCCUAUAUGUGUGGGGGAAAAUAUUUUUCUGAUUUUCAGGAAGGGUAACACUUCACAAUGCGGUUACCUGAAUUGGCAUUAACUAAUGUAGUUAACUACUGAAGUUAAUCUGUACUGCUUUGUACAAUAUUUGUACAUCUUUAUGUUCACAAUUACAUUACUGAAUGCCAAUUCAUAUUGGAAUGAAAAAAGCAGUUACUGUAUUUAUUAGUGGUUAACUGUGAUUAUACAUUUAUUCUAUGGUUUUAAUAGUGUGUACGUGUUCAGGUGUUCAGGUGACUAAUAGCUACCUGAAUCCUCCGUCCUGUUCACCCCCUUCUGAUAUCCCAGUACCCUAUAGAGACUUUUUUGAAUUAUUAUAAUUUUUUUUAAUGCACUUACAAUGCCUAUUGCUUUUUGGUUAGAACAGCUGUUCAUGUGUGUUUUGCCAUUUAUGGAUGUGAUGUUUUUUACUUGUUGAAGAACCUAUGCACUUGUAAAUCGCUUUGGAUUAAAAGCGUCUGCUAAAUGACAAAAAUGUCAAAUGUAAGUAGUUAGCAAAUACAUUAAUGGAAAGUCAA